UGGGCGUCCAGCCCCCAGCCCAGGUAGGUAUAAGGGCAGCUCCCCAGGCCCCGGGCACCCGGAAGGGGGACCUCAGGGCUACCAUGGCCUCUUGGAGCGGAGAACGCAGCCAGAGCGCGGGGGGCCCGGAGCCCCAGGCUUCCCUCCUGCUCUCCCUCCUGCUGCUGGCUGCGGCCGCGGCCCCGGGGCUCGCCCAGAGCCCCGACGGCUGCCUGGUGCUACAGUCCAACCAGCGCACCUCGGUCUCCUGCCACUCGGCCGGGCGCUUCCCCAGCGACCUCCCGGCCGGCACCACCUUCCUGUCCGUGGAGUUCUCCAACCUGACCCGGCUGCCGGCCGCCGGCCUCCACGGCGUGCCGCGGCUCCAGGAGCUGCACCUGUCCAGCAACCGGCUGCAGGAGCUCCCGGCCACGCUCCUGUGGCCCGUGCCGCAGCUGCGCGUGCUGGACCUCACCCGCAACGCCCUCACCAAGCUGCCCCCGGGCCUCUUCCAGCAGGCGGCCCUGCUGCGGGUGCUGGUGCUGAAGGAGAACCAGCUGGGGGCGCUCGAGGGCUCCUGGCUGCAGGGCCUGGGGGCGCUGUGGUUGCUGGACCUCUCGGGGAAUGGCCUCUCCACGCUGCCCCCUGAGCUGCUGGCCAACCUCAGCAGCCUGCGUGUCCUUGACCUUGCCGGCAACCGGCUGAAGACCCUGCCGCCCGGCCUCCUGAGGACGCAGGUGCACCUGGAGCGUCUGCACCUGGAGGGGAACCGGCUGCAGGAGCUCCCGAGGGACCUGCUCGCCUCCCAGGGCCAGCUGGUCUACCUAUUUCUCAACGACAACCGGCUGGCCUCGGUGGCGGCCGGCGCCUUCCAGAGCCUCCGCCACCUCAGCAUGCUGGACUUGUCCAACAACCGGCUGGCCAGCGUGCCCCCGGGGCUCUUGGAGCCCCUGGGCUGGCCCUCCGGGUACCUGAGAGACGGCUUCGACCUCUCCGGCAACCCCUGGGUGUGCGACCACGACCUCGAAGAUCUCUUCCGCUGGCUCCUGGACAACAGAGACAAGAUGUUCUCUGCCAACGACACCCGCUGUGCCGGGCCUGAGGCUCGGCAGGGCGAGACGCUGCUGGCGGCGGCUGGGGCCUAGGCAGGCGUGGGCGGGGGCAGCGCUGAGGGGCAGUGGCCGGCAGACUCGACGCCCCCACUCAGUAAAUAGCCCCGCCUCCUCCGGGUGCGACUCGGGCCCCUCCCAACACGC